CAGCUCAGCCGGCUGUUUUCCCAGCCUGGGAGCUCGGCGGGUGCAGAAUCGCCUCUUGGAGCUCCUCUCCCACGGAUUUUCGUCCUCCUCUCGGGCCAGGCCGCCCCCCGCGCGGCCCCUGAGACUCCUAGCACGGCCCCUCGCUCGGCUGCCGCCCUGGCGCGCGCCACUGUGUCGUCCCCGGACGGGCGCGGACCGGCUCGGCCCGGGCGCCGGCGGCUGGGGAGGGGGCGCUGGCCCCGGGGCCGCGCAUGCGCUGCCACCAACCUGGGGCUGUCAGUGGAGGGCGACUGCUGGCUCCGAGGGGAGGCGACGCCCUUCGGGGCCAACGGGCCCCGCGCCGAGGCGGCCGUGGGAACAACUCAUCCCUUUUCCAGCCCGGGGGCAGGGCUGGGGUCGGGGUCGGGGCUGGUGGGGGCCCCGCCCCCGUCUCCUGGCCUGCCCCCUUCAUGGGCCGCGAUGAUGGCGGCCUUGUACCCGAGCACGGACCUCUCGGGCGCCGCCUCCUCCUCCUCCCUGCCUUCCUCCCCAUCCUCCUCUUCGUCGCCGAACGAGGUGAUGGCGCUGAAGGAUGUGCGGGAGGUGAAGGAGGAGAACACCCUGAACGAGAAGCUUUUCUUGCUGGCGUGCGACAAGGGUGACUAUUAUAUGGUUAAAAAGAUUUUGGAGGAAAACAGUUCAGGUGACUUGAACAUAAAUUGCGUAGAUGUGCUUGGGAGAAAUGCUGUUACCAUAACUAUUGAAAAUGAAAACUUGGAUAUACUGCAGCUUCUUUUGGACUACGGUUGUCAGUCCGCAGAUGCUCUUUUGGUGGCAAUCGACUCUGAAGUAGUGGGAGCUGUUGAUAUACUACUUAAUCAUCGACCAAAACGAUCAUCAAGACCAACUAUAGUAAAACUAAUGGAGCGAAUUCAGAAUCCUGAGUAUUCAACAACUAUGGAUGUUGCCCCUGUCAUUUUAGCUGCUCAUCGUAACAACUAUGAGAUUCUUACAAUGUUGUUAAAGCAGGAUGUGUCCCUACCUAAGCCCCAUGCAGUUGGCUGUGAAUGCACAUUGUGUUCUGCAAAAAACAAAAAGGACAGCCUCCGACAUUCCAGGUUUCGUCUUGAUAUAUAUCGCUGCUUGGCCAGUCCAGCUCUAAUAAUGUUAACAGAGGAGGAUCCAAUCCUGAGAGCAUUUGAACUGAGUGCUGAUUUAAAAGAACUAAGUCUUGUGGAGGUGGAAUUCAGGAAUGAUUAUGAAGAACUAGCCCGGCAAUGUAAAAUGUUUGCUAAAGAUUUGCUUGCACAAGCCCGGAAUUCACGCGAAUUGGAAGUUAUCCUAAACCAUACAUCUAGUGAUGAGCCUCUUGACAAACGGGGAUUACUAGAAGAAAGAAUGAAUUUAAGUCGUCUAAAACUCGCUAUCAAAUAUAACCAAAAGGAGUUUGUCUCCCAGUCUAACUGCCAGCAGUUCCUGAACACUGUUUGGUUUGGACAGAUGUCAGGUUACCGACGUAAGCCUACCUGUAAGAAGAUAAUGACUGUUUUGACAGUUGGCAUCUUUUGGCCAGUUUUGUCACUUUGUUAUUUGAUAGCUCCCAAAUCUCAGUUUGGGAGGAUCAUUCACACACCUUUUAUGAAAUUUAUUAUUCAUGGAGCAUCAUAUUUCACAUUCCUGCUGUUACUCAACCUGUACUCUCUUGUCUAUAAUGAGGAUAAGAAAAACACAAUGGGGCCAGCCCUUGAAAGAAUAGACUAUCUUCUUAUACUGUGGAUUAUUGGAAUGAUUUGGUCAGACAUUAAAAGACUCUGGUAUGAAGGGUUGGAAGACUUUUUAGAAGAAUCUCGUAAUCAACUCAGUUUUGUCAUGAAUUCACUUUAUUUGGCAACCUUUGCCCUCAAAGUGGUUGCUCACAACAAGUUCCAUGAUUUUGCUGAUCGGAAGGACUGGGAUGCGUUCCAUCCUACACUGGUGGCAGAAGGGCUUUUUGCAUUUGCAAAUGUUCUGAGUUAUCUUCGUCUCUUUUUUAUGUAUACAACAAGCUCUAUCUUGGGUCCAUUACAGAUUUCAAUGGGACAGAUGUUACAAGAUUUUGGAAAAUUUCUUGGGAUGUUUCUUCUUGUUCUUUUUUCUUUCACAAUUGGACUGACACAACUGUACGAUAAAGGCUAUACUCCAAAAGAACAGAAGGACUGUGUCGGCAUCUUCUGCGAACAGCAAAGCAAUGAUACCUUCCACUCGUUCAUUGGCACUUGCUUUGCUUUGUUCUGGUAUAUUUUCUCCUUAGCACAUGUGGCAAUCUUUGUCACAAGAUUUAGCUAUGGAGAAGAACUGCAGUCCUUUGUGGGAGCCGUGAUUGUUGGGACGUACAAUGUCGUGGUUGUGAUUGUGCUCACCAAGCUGCUGGUGGCAAUGCUUCACAAAAGUUUUCAGUUGAUAGCAAAUCAUGAAGACAAAGAAUGGAAGUUUGCUCGAGCAAAGUUGUGGCUUAGCUACUUCGAUGACAAAUGUACAUUACCCCCACCUUUCAAUAUCAUUCCUUCGCCCAAGACUAUCUGCUAUAUGAUUAGCAGCCUCAGUAAGUGGAUUUGCUCUCAUACAUCAAAAGGCAAGGUUAAACGGCAGAACAGUUUAAAGGAAUGGAGAAAUUUGAAACAAAAGAGAGAUGAAAACUACCAAAAAGUGAUGUGCUGUUUAGUGCAUCGUUACUUGACUUCCAUGAGACAAAAGAUGCAAAGUACAGAUCAGGCAACUGUGGAAAAUCUAAAUGAACUGCGCCAAGAUCUGUCAAAAUUCCGAAAUGAAAUAAGAGAUUUACUUGGCUUUCGGACUUCUAAAUAUGCUAUGUUUUAUCCAAGAAAUUAGCCAUUUUCUAAAUCAUGUAGAGAAUAAUUUUCAAUAAUAAAUCUGAAGCACUGCAUUUGCAUAACUUGCAAUUAAGUUAAUAAGAUAUACAUUAAAAUAAUUAUGUGAAAGCCAUUCUUUAAAAUAUUUAUAGCAUAAAUAUAUGUUAUGUAAAAUAUGUAUAUAGAAUUCGUUUUUUUUAAACCCUCUGUUAGUGGCUUUUGCAGGAGUAAAACAGAUUAAGUAAUAGAUUUUGUUAGCAUGCUGCUUCAUUUUCUUAUUUGAAGAGUGCUUUAACAGUUUUUCUUUUUAUGCUUAAGAAGGGCAGUUAGAAGUGUACACUUUCCAGAAGGAUUUGUAAAAAUGAAGAUCAGCAAAUGUGGACUGGUCUCCUUCCACAGGCUACACUUGAGAUAUAGAAGUCAUUUUUUUAAAAAUCUUUGUUUUAGGAGUAUAUAUAAUUCAGUAUUUAUUGUUUAGGAGUAUAGUUUUACCUAAAAUAGUAGUCUAUUUUUCUUUUUUAUUUUGUUAUAAUUUUAAGCAACAAAGAUAAAACCCUAAUGAAUAUUUGAAUUUAUUUAUGUGUCUGUAAAUUUAAAUUCACUUCAAUGUUUGUUAUUGUAAUAUAUUUACUUUUACAUGGUUGUAAUCACUUUAUAUUUUUAAUUUUGCUUUUUUCACUUAAUAGUAUUUUAUAUAUACAUUUCCAUAUAUUGAUAUAGUUCACGUAUUUAAAUUUUUAUAGAAUUAUAUAGUUUUUGAAAAAUGUAGUAGACUUUUCAUUCUGUAGCUAUAGAGUAUUUGAUUAUGUCUAUAAGUUUGCACAACUAUUUCUCUAAGAUUAGGUAUUUAUUAGCUUUUAAUUUUUCAUUAUCAUAAUAGUGCUAAUUUUUUUUUAAGUUGGAGUGAAUGUUCCUAGUUAUCAAGCUAACUCAAAAUAAGGAUUUAGAAGAUAUUUCCUUAUCAUGUAUGAUCACAGACUGUUCUGUUUUUGUAAACAUUGGUGGACCAUUUAAUGCAAGGAUUUGUUUUAUAUUUGAGCUGAGGUUCUUGAGCUUAUCUCCCAAAUUAUUUUCCACCAGAUUUAAUAUAGCUUCUAUAAAAGUGACUUCAUGCUUAUUUGUGGCUCAUUCUUGAUACUUAGGAUGAAAAGCACUGAUUUUUUAAAUUAGAGAAUAAAAUAUGUAUUUAAAUUUUUUCCCUGUGUUCAUAUAAGGGAUAUAGUUAACAUUUUUUCAUAUUGCUUGUAUAUUCUUGCAGCAUUUCCAGUUAAGAGUUAUUAGGUGUAUCAUUAUCUUCUUAACUGAAUGUCAGAUGGUCUUAAGGCCACAGGGUGCAGGUAGCCCUUGGUCUGUAAGCACCACCGAUCCAGGGAUCAUUGUUGAAAUAUGUUAGUAUUGUGUUUCAUCUUACUUUUAACUUUUUAUUUUUUAAUUUCCAACUUGUAAGUGUUCCCUUUUUUGGGCAAAUUCUUAUAAAAAUGUUUAUUGUAAAGUUAAUAUAUUUUGUCUAUGAUGGGAUUAUGCACUUCCCAAUUGGGAUUUUACAUCAGGGUUUUUAGUCAUUCUAAAAAAAAAUACCUAAUUAUUAAAUCAAAAUAUUUAUAGAGUGCCUACUGUAUGCAUGAGUUACUUAUAAGGUGUAUUUUGAAUGACAGCAUAUUGUGAGAAAAAAGGUAAAUAAAACUUGACAUUAGAUUAUAAAUUGACAGUCUGUUCAUUGUAUUAUUAUAUACUCUUACACUUUUUAUUGCUAUAAUUCACAUACCAUAAAAUUUACUCUUUUAAAGUAUACAGUUUAGUGCUUUUUUCAAAUUAUGGCA